GCUAGCACCUCAAUCCUCUUUCCUAAUCUUCCGAUAUAUAAAUCUCUAAACCUCUCUUCCCACACCCCCCCUUCUCCGCUACCCCCGUCUCCUCCUCCUCCUCUCCUGCAUGCCUCACCGACUCCCCCAAGAAACUGGAAAGGAGGGGAGAAAGAGGCCGGCAAUGAGGCUUGGAAUCCAAGAAGACAAGGAGAUGGAGAUGCUACUCGAUGAGAUCACCCAUGCAACAUCGCCUCAUUCCCAUCAUGAUGAUGAUGAUGAUGAUGCUGCUCGCGCCGGCAAUGACGAUGACCAUCAGAUACAACAUGUGCAUCCGAUUCAUGACAUGCAUGGUUCGGCCGCCAAUGCAUGCCCAUCACCAUCCCGGGCGCCUCUCGAUGGGCACGGACAUGGUGGGUAUGGUCAUGGCGCGGAUCAUGCAUGUAUGUCCCCGCCGCCCCUCGUGUCGGAGGGGUCGUCGUCGUCGUCGAGCUCGCUCUCGGGCACAUUAUCCCCCGCCGGCGACAACGGCGCCCGGCGAUCCUCCGCCGGCGAGGACUGGAUGAUGGAAGAGCUCGGCUUGCUCGGCCGGCUGCGCUCCAUGAGUAUCGGGGACGAUCGGGGAGCACCGCUCGGGCUCGCGCCCAAGCCGAAGCCGGAGCCAGCGCUGGCACCCGCGCCCGCGAACAACGCGAUGAGCCCUUUAUUCUUCCGGACCGAUUAUGGCAGCGAUUUGGUGCCGGGGAGUGCCCUGGAUGAUGCCUAUGGGGCGCGUCGGCGCUCUGUUCUUCCAAACUAUCUGUUGUUUGAUGUGGAUGAAAGGUUGUAUGGGUCUGGAGUGCAUCAGCAUUGCUCGGUGGAUGCUAAUCGAUACGAGUCGUGGAUCGCGGCCCACCGAUUGGAUUCUCCGGCGUCGUAUUCCAUUGGUCUCUGUACGGCACCGGAGAAUUUUUUUUGCAGAGAGGAAGCAAUUGGUGCUGAUGGUGCUUUGGGUGCAAACUCUUAUUACGGGGGAUCCCGGGGUUUGGGCUUUCCCUCAUCCUUUUUGCAGUCACCACAGUACGGGGUGGCUCUCGGCCAGGAUCUGAAUGCAUGGAAUUCCUUGAGCCCCCAUCAUCUCGUGCUUCCUAAGCAAGGCCAUAGCUUGCCUUAUAGUUGGGGGCCUCGGUCGCCAUUUUUGGCGAGAAAUCUGAGGAAUGUUGAGGCUUUUGGAUCUGAGAACAAUUUGAUUAUGCAGGGGAAGGGGCUUCAUUAUGUCGGGAACCAAUGUCAUUGUCUUCUGGAGGAGAGGAAAAGGCUGCAGCCUGAUGACCGGAUGUACUUGAGAGGAAUCCGGGUUGCAAAUGUGGAUAGUGUGCCCGAUGUUCACCGCCCUGAGCUUGGUCGCUCUCCGAGUUCGCCUUUAAAAUAUGAUUACUUGAUGGGCAUUGAAGGGUACAUAUACUCCAUUGCGAAGGACCAGCACGGAUGUCGGUACUUGCAGCAUAAGUUUGAUGAGGGGAGGCAUCAGGUGGAUGCCAUAUUUAAUGGGAUCAUCGAUCAUGUGGUGGAGCUCAUGGUGGAUCCUUUCGGAAAUUAUCUCAUGCAGAAGCUUCUGGAUGUAUGUAGCGAGGAACAAAUGACGAGAAUCAUCAUCAUGCUGACAGAAAAUGCAGGGCAACUCGUCAGAAUCUCUCUAAACAUACAUGGGACGAGGGCUGUACAGAAGCUGAUAGAGGCUCUAAAAACCAGGCGGCAAAUUGCUCUGGUUAUUUCAGCAUUGCGACCAGGGUUUUUGGAUCUCAUCAAGGACCUAAAUGGCAAUCAUGUGGUACAACGGUGCCUGCAAUGUUUUACAGUUGACGAUAAUAAGUUUAUUUUUGAUGCUGCUACAAAGCAUUGUGUUGAUAUUGCAACCCAUCAGCAUGGAUGCUGUGUCUUGCAACGAUGCAUAUCUCAUUCUACAGGAGAACAUUGGAUGAAAUUGGUUGCAGAAAUCUCUGCUAAUGGACUCAAACUAGCUCAAGAUGAUUUUGGAAAUUAUGUUGUUCAAUACAUCCUCGACCUGAAAAGUCCAUUAGUGAUUGCAAAUUUGGUAUCACAGUUUCAAGGAAAUUAUGUACAGCUGUCAAUGCAAAAAUUCAGCAGCCACGUGGUGGAAAAAUGCCUCAAGGUGUUCGGUGAAGAUGAUCGGACAACUAUCAUAUUUGAAUUGCUUUCAGUGUCUCAAUUUGAGCAGUUACUGCAACACCCUUUUGCCAAUUAUGUCAUUCAAUCUGCUCUUCAAAAUACCAAGGGUUCUGUUCACACUGAACUGGUCGAAGCCAUUCGUCCUCAUGCAGCAAUUCUUCGUACCAGCCCAUACUGCAAGCGGAUCUUCUCUCGAGCUCUCCAAAAGAAGUGAUGUACAUUCUUGAUUUGCAAGAUUGCAUGUUGUAGUCCAUAUUUACAGGCAGUCAAUGCUGGAACUACUGAAUCUAGACUUCCAACUUUAACUGAAGUGCAAUGGGUUGCGAAGAGAUCAAACAAAUCAUGAUGUAGAGUUGUAAAAAUAAGCAAUUUUGCUUGUGAAAUGCUUAACUAUGUAUCUGUUGUAAUAUUCUGCUGUCUUGAUCGUCCAGGCUAAAGUCAUCACUCAUCACCCACAGUACAUGUGACUGUACAGUGUAAAGGAAGUACCUUUUUUUUUGGCUUCAUUUUGCUCGGAUAAUUGAAGCGUGGAUGUUAUGAAUAGAUGGAUUUUUGUGAAA